UUUCCUCCCUCUCUCCUGGCUUUUUUUCCCUGUAAUUCCUUCCUUCCUUCCUUCCUUUCCCCCCCCACCUUUUAACUCUUAUUGCUCGGGCUACCGGAGGGACCGCGCCGCCGCCACCGCGCCGCAUCCCUGUGCCCUCGCAUCCCCCCCAACACACACACUGCGGCUUGUUUUGGGGAGAAAAAGGGGGGUUUUGGGGGCGUCAGAAGGGAGGGGGGCAUCUAUGGGCUUUGCCGACAGCACCUCCCGAGCCGGAGACCGCAGGAUGGCAAUAAGUGAGACGGUGAUGAGGCUUCGCUAUAAAGGAAAGGAAUAAAGCAAAGCCUGCGGGAGGGAUCGGCUUGAAAUCACCCUUUUAUUCCUGGUACCAGACAGCGGCUGGUCCUGCUCAUGGGGGUGACCUCCUUCUUUCACCAGCCAUGGAGCCGUACGUGCUGCUGGACCCGCGACAGAGAGCGCUGUAUCGCGACGUGAUGCAGGAGAGCUACGACACGCUGAUGGCGCUGGAAUUCCCUGUCUCCAAGCCCGAUCUGCUGCCCCGCCUGGACCAUGGGGAUGAACCGACAGCCCUGGACCUCCACGUGCCCAGGGACACUCCAGCUGCAGAGGAUGGAGCAGGAGCGGAGCAGGAACCCCCUCAAGAAGAGAAAGAGCCCAAAGAGGUGCAACCCGCGGGCGAGGAGCAUCCCCCGAGCCCCACCGAGGCUGGGGUGAAGCCGGGCGGCAGCGGGGACCGGGGGGACACAACCCCACAACCCAGCACCACGUGCGGGGAGUGCGGGAAGAGCUUCAGCCACAAGUCAGCCCUGGUGAAGCACCAGAAGAUCCACAGCGGCGACCGCCCGCACGAGUGCCCCGACUGCGGCAAGUGCUUCAUCCAGCGCUCGGACCUCACCAUCCACCAGCGGGUGCACACGGGCGAGCGCCCCUACGCCUGCACCCACUGCGGGCGCCGCUUCAGCGUCAGCUCCUCCCUGCUCACCCACCAGCGCACCCAUGCUCCUGGCGGCCACAAACCCAACCGGUGCCCGCAGUGCGGCCGCAGCUUCGCCGACCCCGGCGCCCUCGACCGGCACCAGAAGAGCCAUUUGGGGGGGAAGCCCUAUGAGUGCGGGGUGUGCGGGAAAGCCUUCGCCUGGAGCUCGCACCUCGAGCGGCACCGGCGCAUCCACACGGGCGAGAAGCCCUUCCAGUGCGCCGAGUGCGGGCGAGCCUUCGCCUGGAGCUCGCACCUCGACCGCCACAUGCGCACCCAUGCCGCGGCCGCCACCGGGGAGGAGGAGGAGGAGGAGGGUGAGGAAGCAGCGGAAGAGCCCCCGCCGCCCCCCCAGAAGUGCGCGGAUUGUGGCAAGCGCCUCAACCACCAGACAGACCCGCAGCGCUUCAAGCACAAGGGCACCCAAACGCUGCCGAGCAGCAGCAGCCCCCCGCGGCCCCAUUGCUGCGAGCAGUGCGGCAAAUGCUUCUCGCAGAGCUCCAACCUCCUCAAGCACCAGCGCGUCCAUAGCGGCGAGAGGCCGUUUCCGUGCCCGCAGUGCAAGCGCUGCUUCCGCUGGGGCUCAGCGCUGGCCAAGCACCAGCGCACCCACAGCCAGCAACAAGCCAAAGCCCCUGAGGAAGCCGGCACCAAACCGUACCCGUGCGGGGCGUGCGGGAAGCGCUUUGGCUGGAUCUCGCACUUGGAACGCCACCGCCGCAUCCACACCGGGGAGAAGCCGUUCCGCUGCGGCGAGUGCGGGCGAGCCUUCGCCGUCAGCUCCCACCUCGAACGGCACCGCCGGGUGCACACGGGCGAGCGGCCCUAUCGCUGCGGCGACUGCGGCAAGAGCUUCGCCGUCAGCUCCACCUUGCUGGCCCAUCGCCGCAGCACCCACAGCACCCAACCGGGCCGGCCCCACGCCUGCCCCGAGUGCGGCAAAGGCUUCAGCACAGCGCCCAGCCUGGAGCGGCACCGGCGGCUGCACCGCGGCGAGAAGCCCUAUCAGUGCGGUGUGUGCGGCAAGGGCUUCGCAUGGAGCUCGCACUACGACCGCCACCGGCUCAGCCACACCGGAGAGAAGCCGUUUUCCUGCGCCCACUGCGGGAAAUGCUUCGGCCGCAGCUCCCACCGCAACCGGCAUCAACGUGCCCAUGCGGAGCGCGGCGCCGGGAAGCAGCACGUCUGCCCGGAGUGCGGCAAAGCCUUCGGCCUCGGCGCGGCGCUGGCGGCUCACCGGCGCCUGCACAGCGCCGGCACCGGGCGCUGCAGCCCCGUGUCCCUGCUGCCAUCGGCGUGGUGGGACGUGGAGAAGCGAGGGGGGACCCCGACCCCUCCUGAGCUCUGGCCUGAAGAGCCCGGCGCCGUGUUCCAGCAGCGCCCUGUGCCUUCCUCCUCACCCUCCUCCUCCUCCGCGGCCCCCCGCGGCUGGGCGGCCAAAGCUGUCCUGCCCCACACCAUGGCAUGGAGAGGUGGGGAGGGGGACACCAUGCAAAGUGAUGCCUCUGCCCCCCAGGAGCACUGGGCUUCCCUGCCUCCCCCCCCCAGCUCCUGAGAUGGGGCCAUGGGGUGCUCAGAGCCUUUGGGGAUGCCCCAUGGUGGGUGUCUGGCCUGUCCCCACCUCCCCCCAAAAGAUGGGGGGGGCUCAGGAUACCCUGUGGUGGGGAAUGAGGGUGACGUGGUGGGGAGGGGGCAUGGGGUGUAGCAACCAGCAUAGGGGCUUUGGGGGGAAAACCAAGAGAGGAGGAAAGGGAUUUGGGGAGGGCUGGGUGAUAAUUCAGGGUGAUGGGGAGACACCGCUUCUCCCUAUAACCCUCCUCAUCCUCUGUACCGGUGGGGCUGGAGGGGAGUGACACAGCUCGGGUGCUUGGGAGGGGGAAAAAUCACCCUUCCACGGCUGGCUUUUGAGGGCAAAGAGCUCAGAAAAGAGCCACGGGGGCCUGCAGCAGUCACCAGUUGUGUUGUUUCCUGCCUGGGACCCCCCAGAUGCCGUUUGGGAUGCAGGGAGCUGGGAAUCCGGAGAGUCCGGGAUCCCUCAGCUCGGGAUAGCAGGUAAUAAAGUAGAAGGUAGCUCAGCCAAAAGCCCCUU